GGCAACGCUGGGCCGCAUAUGCAUGAAACUGGUGAUCGUGAUGGGUAUCACCUGGGUGGCGGACGUGGUCUCAUGGGCGGUCGGCGGGCCGCAGUACAUCUGGUACUUCACCGACUUAAUAAACGCUUUCCAAGGGGUGCUGAUUUUCGCGACGGUCGGUUGCCAGCCCCAGGUUAGAGCGGCGCUCAAGAGACUCUUCAGCAGAAAUCCGCAGACUAACGCCGGUAGGCAGGGUAACGGUCACAGCACGACCAGUCACGGGAUGCCCAGCAUGGGCGAUAGCGUUACGCAGAAUCCAAGUACCAAAACAGCGCCGUUGGAGACCAUCUGUUAG